GUAGUGGAGCUCCUCCCUGAUGCAUCUGUGUGGACAAAAGCUUGGUCCCUUUGGGUGCCAGGUCUGUUACGUGGACAUUAGCAGUGCAGCGAACUCAGAAUAACUUUGUGUUUAAGGUCUUUCCUGACAAAGAAGAAGAGGUCCAGCAUGACAUAUCUGCCCCUUCAGAGCUCAACAGCUCAUUGGAUCACACGCUGUUUCCUGGCAUGUGUAUUCAUCGUGAUCACCUGCUCUGGACCAGUCUCUCCUCUCCAUGCCCCAGUAUCAACAGGCCUCCGCUCUGCUUUCUCUGCCACACAAACCAGCAGCGUGGUGGGAGGCAAGCAGAAAUCUGUGACCUUCAACAGGCUCAUGGUUAACAUAGGAGGGGAUUUCAAUCCAGACACCGGUCACUUCCGCUGCCGCGUCCCGGGGGCUUAUUAUUUCUCCUUCUCAGUGGGGAAGUUCCCAAAGAAAAUGCUCUCUGUCAUACUGGUGAAGAACGGGAAGGAGGUGCAGGCCAUAGCGUACGAUGACUACCGCAAGAAAGGAAGGAAAGUGCAGAGUCAAAGUGUAAUGAUCGGUUUGAAGGAAAUGGACACAGUGUGGCUGCUCUUACAGCAGAGUCCUCAGUAUGCUUUGUACAGCAACGCUGGUCCUUACAUCUCCUUCUCUGGUUACCUCAUCUACCCUGACAUCUCCACAGCCAGCUACAUCAACAACCACCUGUCCUCACCUGGCCUGUCCUACCCAAUCUGCCCUCCUCAGGCGGAUCCUCUGGCGUCAGAGAAGCCACGGUCUGCCUUCUCUGUGGCACGGACAUCCACGCUCAUGGGUCAGAGUAGCAGGCAGCAAGACAAGCCACCGCUGACCUUUGAUGUGGAGUAUGUCAACAUCGGGGGUCACUUCAACAAAUCUUCAGGCCUUUUCACUUGCCACUUCCCGGGGGCGUACUUCUUUGCCUUCACGGUGGGGAAGCACCCUCGUAAGGCUGUUUCUGUGAAGCUGAUGACCGGGAAGGGCGAGGUGCAGGCGAUGGUGUUUGACGAGGACACAUCGAAGAGACGGGAGAUGCAGAGUCAAAGUUUGCUGCUGUCCCUCCGCCGGGGCGACAAUGUUUGGCUGUACAGUCAGCAGGAUGAGCGUUACGCCGUCUACAGCAACCAGGGGAGGUACACCACCUUUUCUGGAUUCCUGGUUUAUCCUGAAGCAGAUGCGUUCACACCCCCAACCAACCAGGACAGAACUCACCUCUAGAUGUCAUUUUGUUAAAAAUUUGCAGAAAAGGAUGAAAAAAGAAAAUUGAUUUUUGAAGAAAAUCUGUAGGAUAUUUCCAUGUAGGUGAAAAACAUUGAAUCUGUGCUCAGAAUAGUGUAAGUACAUUUACUGCUUUGUUUGUUAGUAUUUUACUUUCUUCUACAGUAAAUCGUAUUAUUCCAGGCAUAAUAAUUCUUCUGCCAAAUAACUCCACAAGAUGGUGCUACGACACAAUUCUGGACGUCAACCUUAGUUGUACAACACAAAAAGAAAAUGUAUUAUUUGUGUUUAUAUUUUAUAAAUUAUUGAUUAAGUCAGUAACUCUUGUUUUGGUUCACAUAUACAUGUACUUUUAAAAUUCUCUGUGUUUAAAACUUUUCAAAACGUUUUUUUAACAUGUAAAAAAUAUCACUGUGUGGCAUGAGGCCAAUUAUGUAAAUGAUGUAAAAUUUAUUUGUUGCUGUUUGUCGAAAUCUACUUCCUGUAAAAAUGAUAUUUUGCGAUACAUCAUAGUGGUGAUAGUUAUGUUUAAUAUGGAAUUUUUUCCAUUGUGGAUAUGCUGUACCUGUAAUGAUGCUUUUUGUGCAUGUCAGACUUGUCUAAAUAAAUUCAUACACUUUC